AGGAAGUGGAAAGGAAUUAUAUUAGAGAGAAGAAAGAAGCAGAGAGAGCGCAGGAGCCCCCACAUCAGACCGGCCUGAGCUGCAACCACCUGACGCAGCCUGUCAACUCCAUGAGCGAGGCCGAGACGGAGCAGCAACCCGAACAGCAGCAGCCGCAGCCGCCAGACAAACCCAAAUCCCCCAGGGAGAAGAAAGUCAUCGCAACAAAAGUUCUUGGAACAGUAAAGUGGUUCAACGUACAAAAUGGAUAUGGAUUCAUCAACAAGAAUGAUACAAAGGAAGAUGUGUUUGUACAUCAGACUGCUAUAAAAAAGAAUAACCCACGGAAAUACCUCCUUGUUGGAGACGGUGAAACUGUGGAGUUUGACGUAGUGGAAUGCGAAAAGGGUGCAGAAGCAGCAAACGUAACUGGUCCUGGAGGAGUUCCAGUCCAAGGAAGCCAAUAUGCCGUGGACAGAAAUUGUUAUCAUCACUACAACCCUCACCGCUGAGGUCUACCACUUAAU